UUGUCAGAUAAGUAUUUCGAAAUCUAUCGUAUGUUUGAAAACACUAUAUUGCACAACGAAGGUCAUUCAGUGUUGUUAUUUGGUCCAAGAAUGUGUGGAAAGACAUCAAUUAUAAAUACCGCCAUACAAGAACUUUCUAAAAAGCAUAAGGAUCAUUUUUUAGUUGUUAGGUUAAACUUUUUUAUUCAUUCUGAUGAUACUAUUGCUUUGAGAGAAAUUGCUAGACAGUUAGAUCUAAAGGUCAAGGAAUUGAGCGGUAAUUUUGAACAGAGAUCUAUUAACGAUACUUUUGCAAAUAUAUUAUCCAUUCUUGAUAAAGAUAGUCAUAAUCAAAAUUCAUCACAAGCAAAAAUUCCAAUUAUUUUCAUCAUUGACGAGUUUGAGAAAUUUACUAAUAGUAACAAGCAAACACUUUUGUAUAAUUUGUUUGAUUUAUCACAGAGCAGUAGUUCCGCUAUAACUGUGGUAGGUGUUUCAUCAAAAGUAACUACAAGAGAGUUAUUAGAAAAAAGAGUAAGGAGUAGAUUUUCACAGAGAAUUAUUACCAUCACAAAGUCUACAACUGUUGAUGAGUUCUGGUCUAAUGCUAAGCUAGGACUAACUUUGAAUCUGGAGUUUAUAGAGUCUUUGAAUGAUCCAAGCUAUGGACAUUUAUGGAAUACUAAAGUGGAGCAACUUUAUGACGAAACAGAGGAAGGAAAGAAGUUAUCAAAUCUUAAAAAAUUAGUAUAUCACAACUACUAUACUUUAAAGAAUUUCAAAUCGUUCAAUAAUGAUUGUGCAGUGGUGAUUGCAAAAGUUAAUAAGAAGAACCCAUUUCCUGAUGAUGCUAACUUUUUAAAAUAUUCAAGUUGUCAAGAAAUUAACAAUAUUCAAAGUAUUAUAAGUACUCUUUCCAACUUAGAAUUGAUUUUAAUUAUAGCGGCAGCAAGAUCAGUUGAGAAAUUUGAUAUUCCAGCUAUUAAUUUUAAUUUGGCAUAUGCUGAAUAUCAAGAAAUGAUGAAAGAUUUUAAUGUUAGUUCCAGUUCUUCUACAAACAUUCUUGAUAGUAGAUUUAGAGCUAACUUCAAGAUUAAUCAAAAGAUUUGGUCUUCCAAAAUAUUAAAGAAUAGUUGGGAAGCGCUAUAUAAAAUGGGGAUUUUAUUAGAUUCUGCUGGUGUUACUACUAAUAAUGACGGUCAUAUUAUUACCAAUGUAAAUUUAAACAAAAACUUAAUUAUUGAAGAAAACAAAAUGGUCCAGAUAGAUGUAACUCUUGAAGAGCUUGGAAAUCUAGUUAAUGAUCCUAUAUUCAAAAGACUUACAAAAUUGUAAUAGUAUAAGUAUAUAUAUAUAUAUAUAUUGAAAAAUAAUAAUACGAAAAAAUACGAAACUGAUAAAAAAAUGUCGGGCU